AUGGAUCCCGGGCCCCCCAGCCCUGCCCCGCCGAGCUCCCACCGCCGCCGCCUCCUCCUGCCGCAGCUCCCGGCCGCCGGGCCCGGCGUGGUGAAGUCCCUGUUCCCCGCCGAGCUCUCCCCGGUCUCCGGCCUCAGCCUCACCAUGAAGCAGCUGCAGGGCCUUGGCUACAGUCGGUAUGAGAAUUCUGUGCAAAUGCUGGGAACGAGGAACAGUAACAAUCUACAAAGAACAGACUCGUCAGAAUCUACUGAUUCAGGCUACUGUUUGGAUUUUCCUGAUCCCCUGAACUCAGACAUUGAAGAAACCUUUGAGAAAAGAGUUAUAGAAUCUGGCAGACUUACUAAUAUUCAGUUACCCAUCAGAAGAAUACGUUCCCUCCCGCAGAAGCUUCUGGGGUCCAGUCCUGCUCUGAAGAGGAGCAACUCAGAUUCAUUGGAUUGUGAUGUUUUUCACCUGAUUGAACCAGAUGACAACAAAGAGAAUGAGUCCUUUGAGUUUAAGAAGCCAACCAGGCCUGCUUCUCGUAGUUGUCUGCGUAUCCGUUCCCUUGAAGAUGGAAAAGAUGUUUUUGGGCAAAGACAGAACUCUGCCCCAGCUCGGAUGUUUCCCACUGGUGAAGCCCCUGAAGGUGACUUGGAAAACUAUAGGCCUGCUUUCAUGCAGCAGUCAUCUCUAACUUCCCCUGACACUGAGGAAGAAGAUGAUGGAUUUCUAGAUAUAUUGGAUGGGGAGGACUUGAAGAACGAUGAAGAGAUGCCAUCUGGUGUGGCAAGCCUUUGGACUGCUCCACUGGUCAUGAGAAAAGCAGACAACCACAUUAAACGGUGCAGAUUGUUUGGAUCACCAUCUCUGCCCAAUGGUGUGGCUAGGACUGCCCUGAAAAGAAUGGAAAGGUCCCAAGAAGAGACCUCUCCAGGAAACAGCAAAAGGAGGAAAAAUGUGCCUGGAACACCUUCUGAAGAAGCAGUGAGUCUGAAACUAAUUAGGACUCAGUCAUCCUCAGAGAUUGAGAGCAUUUUGGACAAUGACCAAAGGAAUCUUAUUGGCGACUUCUCAAAGGAUUACCUUUUCCACACUGUAGAUGGGAAGCAUCAAGAUUUAAAAUAUAUCGACCCAGAAAUGAUUGUAUCUGUGCUGACGGGGAAGUUUGCAAGCUUCAUUAAGGAGUGUGUGAUAAUUGACUGCAGAUAUCCAUAUGAAUAUGAGGGAGGCCAUAUCAAGGGUGCUGUAAACCUCCACAUGGAAGAGGAUGUGGCAGAUUUCCUGCUGAAGAAACCUAUCAUGCCAUCAGAGAACAAACGAGUAAUAAUAGUAUUCCACUGUGAGUUCUCCUCAGAGCGGGGUCCCCGAAUGUGCCGGUUUGUGAGAGAGAGAGACAGACUGGGGAACGAGUACCCCAACCUGCAUUACCCAGAGCUCUAUGUGCUAAAGGGGGGCUAUAAGGACUUCUUCUUAAGAUGCCGAAACUAUUGUGAACCCCAGAGCUACCGCCCCAUGCACCAUGAGGACUUUAAGGAAGACUUGAAAAGGUUCCGCACGAAAAGUAGAACAUGGGCAGGUGAGAAGAGCAAAAGGGAACUGUACAGUCGCCUGAAGAAACUCUAA